GUUCAGCUCCAGGAGUUGUGCGGCGAAUGGACACGAAUCCUUGGUGAAGUUGGAGGCAGCGCCAAAAUUAUUGACUCGUUCGAACUGGCCAUGGUUGCAGGAAGCCCUGGUAUCCCAAUCAAAGCUGCUGUCAUGUUCGAGUUUGACGGGGCGGUGAAUGUUUUGGCAUGUCAUGCAAGCCCUCUUGAAAAUUUGAAACCCGGACAUUGUCGGUUCUGUCGCCUGCACUUCAACAACUUGGGUGCACUGCAUCCUACAAACGCUUUAUUGGUGGAUAUCGAGGGUUUCGUGACGGGUAUCGAUUUUUUGCAUCACGACGGCGAACACCUUUUCGUGGUAUCUACGGAUUCGGGUCCCUGGGAUUGCGAUGCCAACCAGGCUCAGAUUUCGCUUUACCGCUUUCGUUCCCCGUAUUUCACGCUAUUGGCUAAAUCGAAGCUCAGUUCCACAAGACCGAGGAAGGUCAAGCUGAGUGACUUUGAAGGAAAAUUGAAAGUGCUGGUCGCAGCCGAAGACGGUUUGACAACGCAUGAAAUACUCUCCGAUGAUCUCAGAGGCCCUUAUGAAUUCCGCACCGUAGGCCAGAUUAUACCAGCGAAUGGGGAUUUUGAUGUUCGAGCCGCAGUUCCAGAUAAUUCGCUCAUCACAUUUGCUGCUAACGUGAAUGAUCGAAGUACCGAAAUUUCCCUUUACAAUCAAGAUGGGUUCGCACUAGCUGAGCGCUUUGCAACCAGCCCAGUUUUACAAGCUUUUGAUGUUUUCCCGUCUGCAUUUGGCACAAAAUUAGUGUCGGUCGAGCGGAACUACCAACCAAAUAUCAAAAUUCCACUUGUACAGGUGGUGCAUGUGAUGAGAGAUACUGAAGGGUACCGGAAAGCAGCAGAAAUCCAGAUCUAUUUACGGGAAUUGCCCGAUACCCACAACCUCAGACAUCCGGUGGAUGCUAAGGGAUUCAGCAUUACAAAUGAUGUUACUUACUUGGCGAUUGCUGUUGAUGGAACGAGCAUAUCGAUCCAUCAAUUACUUGGUGAGCACCUGCUUCUUUAUUCAUGA